CUGACUGCAUAACAACUUUCUACUCUGCUCUAUCACCUCCUAAGGACACCAUGAAGCUGGAGAUUGUGUUUAUCGGGCUCCUUGGACUCCUCCUGGGUUCUACCUCUGCUGACACUAAUAUCAGUGUCGACAAUGACAACAACAGCCAGGGAGGCACGCAGAGAGUGAGCAUCAACAAUGAUCACAAUGUAGCCAAUGUUGAUAAUGACAAUGGAUGGGAUGGAUCUUGGAAUUCAAUCUGGGAUUUUAAUAAUGGCUUUGUCGCAACUAGGAUCUUUGCCAAGAAAACCUGCAUUGUGCACAAGAUUAACAAAAAUGUUGUUCCUAGCAUUCAGGACUUUGAAAGACUAUCAAAAAAUAAGCCAAAUGUACAUACUGGACCUUCCCCCAAAAGCCAGAGGUACAUGAUUGAUCCUCAGAAUAUAAAAGACCUGGCCCAGUUUGGAACUCCUAUUGAAACCAUGUGCAAGGGACUUCCUACAUACAAGGCUCAGGAGGUUCAAGGGCAAAGCUUCCUUUUCUUCAGUGGCCCAUGCUUCAGUGCCAAUAUCCUCUUGAUUUUUGACAUCUCCUACUGUGGAGAGACAAUUGCAUGAAGAAGCUACUGAAGACUCAGCAUUCAAGAUGUGCUUCCCAAAGCUUUUCAAACUUCAACAUUUCUUAAAAAACAAAAACUAGCUUCCAUUUCCCAUCUGACUCAUUCUAUUUUCCUUGCUGUUUUCUUUAAGUUGUCAAUAAAACUCAUUUAAUACUGGAAUGACAAUUUUAAA